UUUAUCUCAAUGUCAAAAAAUAUUGAGCAUAAAAACAUCUUGCGAAAAUCCAAAUACUGUUGCCAACUGGUUGCUAUGGUAGCUCGUACUGAAGAUUCUUUAGGAAAUAUCAUCUGGUGGGGUCUUACUCCUGCCAUUAAUCUUGCAAAGUGUCUUGACACUUAUUGUCCCGGUGAUCAUUUCGAUGAUACUAACAUACUUUGCGUAGGAAUGGGCGAUUCAAGACACAUUUUGCUAACUUUGUCUUCUAAGUUUUCUGGAAAAAUUAAGUUUGAAACAUUUUAUCUGAUCGAACCAUUUCAUGGAACAUACGCUAGACAGAUGCUUCAACUAUAUACAGCUCUUGAGACUUACACAAGGAUGGGGCUGCAGGAGAAGGUAGAGAUAUAUCUUGAAAUCUUUGGGAAUAUGAUGAUUCGAGAUGUCACAUCUAAAUAUUUGACCAAUGCUGCGAAUAAUCUGACUAGGUUGGUGACAAACUUGGGCCCUCUUCCAUCAUUUGCAUUUGUUGAUCUGUCACAUCUAAAAUUCAAGGAACGUGAUAUGCUAGAGUCAACACUUAAGUUUUGGCGUGGGAGUGAUGAAACAAAGUUUGAUGCUGUCAAGUGUUGGGAUUAUCGUUUACGUAAACAUUUAGGUACUCGUUACGAUGCUAUACCAAAUGUUUUCGACUGGGACUGUAGCAUUACUCUACACGAUCGAAAGGCUACUCAAAUAAACUCUAAAGAAUAUGCUCAUUGGCGUCAGUAUGGGAUGGCAUUUGAACUUCGAGAAGCCAAUUACAAUGUUCCAAAUAGAAGCUUAGCUUCUGGAAGAGUUUUCAGGAAUUCAGCUGGUGAUAAAGGAGUUUACUGGGGGUAUUGGGGUGAUAUAAUCUGUUCACCAUAUUUAGUGUUUGGUAUAGAUACAUCUGGAUGUUGUGAACUAAAUCGUCUUGUUAAUGGAAAGCACGCAUAUGCGGCAUCAACCAUAUCUGAAGUGAAUAUUCGCAAAAUGUUCUGGGAAUUAGAAAAUCAAAAAGAAUGCCCAUUACAUAUAUCAGCUCCAUUUUUGGACCCAUCAACAACAAAUGAUGAUGUCAGUUCCCCUGACGAAGAAGUUAUUUCACGAAAUGAUCCCACAGUAGAGAAUGACCCAGACGAUAGUAGACAGAAUAUGAAUGUUGAAAAUGGAAAUUCUGAUGACUACAUGUUCACAAAUUCAGAAAAGUUGAAAGAAGAAGAGAAAACAUCAGCUCUAUAUAAAUCACAUGAAGAAUCAAAAGAUUCAAAUGAAGAUUCAUUUACAAAACAAUUCGACAAUACAGAAUAUGUUCCAUUGGAUAUUGCAAACACGUUCAAAGUUAACUUUCUUCCAUGUAACAGUUUUUUAGAUUUACCUAUAAGAUACCGAUCUUUAUUUCUCAAAAGUACCGACAAUAACUCAUCAUCAUCAUCAUCAUUAAAUAAACGUUUCAGCAUAAUUUACAUUGGUAACAGUUUAGUUCACUUAUUAUCUGAUCUACAUAAAAGAGAAUGUAAAAAAGACAAUGGAUCACAUUUCAAAUCAAAUAAUAAUCUAGAUGAAAAAGAAUGUAAUGAUAAAUUAGAAGACAUGAGAGCUAAAUCCAAUGAAAGCACUUUAGAAAAUGAUUUAUUUAAUACUGAUAUAUCCAAUGUUUCAUUCACUGAUCUUUUAGAAGAUGAAGCAUUGCUAAUUGUAGAAUCUAUUCUGUACAUAGUGGAGGUUAGGUCCGAACAAAUCAAAGCCUAUUGUGAAAAUGUCAGUCAAAUGGCUUAUGAUCUUGGUUUCGAGUCUGCUAAAGAAAUAAACCCAAUGGAAGAUCAUCAUUUAUAUUUUCGAUUUAAACGGAUAUUACAAUAAACAAUAUUACACAAUACUGUAUUUAGUAAUAUCAUUCAUUAAUUGAAUAUUCAUAUUGAAACAUACAAUCUACUUUUAUAAAUAUAUUUAUAUUGAAUGUUGUUUAUUGUCAAUUAUAUUGUAAUGAUGAACAAUAUUUAAACGAAUAAUCGUUUCUGCAAUGACUUCAUUAUCAAGGCUCUACAGUUAUAAGUCCUUCAUUAUUGUGAUAUUUUACAAAGCAGUGCGCAUCCACG